UUUAUCCGAUUUUCAGCAAAAAUUUUCCCUUUCCCAUAUUUCUAAACUCUUUUACACAUUUUAUAAUUUCAGUUUAGUUUUUAGAGUUUUCUCGGUGCAAAGUGUGCCCUGGUUCUCCUGAUGACGCGAAAGCGUAAAAUUUUUUGAGUAUUUGGUUUAUAAACAAUUGGAAUGGCUUGUGGACGGCGAAAGCUAUCUUACCUACAAGUGUUUGCCUUCGAGAGAGAUGGAAACAAGACCUGAGACAACAAAGGGCCCCCCUGUUCUGGCUUUUAUUUGUAGUGAAGGGGAUUUGAUUGCUGUUGAUAAUUCAGUCGCUGGCACAAAACAUUAUCCGUCUGUUCAGAAUAACAUUAUUAACACCAGUUGUCAUGUGAUUGGCUGUGUCACUAGAGAGGCUGCGGACUGUGAAAAUAUUUGCAAUCUCCUCCGCUCUCUGAAGUACCCCAAGAAGAAACGUCAUUCUGCCAAAAAGAUUGCAAUGCAUGUAGCCAAGGUGUUGUCUUUUGAUAAUAUGGAGGGGGAUUUUACCAGUAUGUCACUCGAUAAAGCUGCAAAAGUUGUAAAGAUUGGGAUGACCAUGGCUCUAACAGAAUCAGGCAGUGAAAGUGGGGACAGCGGAAGUGAGAUGCUGGUGAAAAAAAUAAUGAAAUUGGUGGUUCUGUAGACGUGCACUACGUUGGACGUUAUGGUAGCGGCCAUAUCCCCGGUGGUGUCAAGGUGUACUG